GCCAAAUCACCCCAAACCCAUGCAAUUAUCCACGAGUAGCCAAAGCCCCACCUCCUUCGCCUUGCUCGCUUCGAGAUCGAUCUACGAUUCCUCCUCUCAAGAUUACCAAUUCUCCCGGAUUCGCCCCAUCGCCUCAUGCUCUGACUCUUCUGGUGGAGCUGCUCGACCGUAAUCGGCUCAAUUGGGGCGCCACCGCGCGAGGAUGGGAUGCGCUGGAUCCACUCCGGUCAAAGGAGGAGAAGAGACAACUAAGAAAUUGCGGAAGCCAAGAUCCUGGAGGCAUCCCCAACCGAUAACUAGCGCUGAACUUAAACAGAUGCGUGAAGAAUUUUGGGACACUGCCCCUCAUUACGGUGGCCAAAAAGAGAUCUGGGAUGCACUCCGAGCUGCUGCCGAAGCUGAUUUAAGCCUGGCACAAACAAUAGUGGACAGUGCGGGAAUCAUAGUUUCGAAUGCCGAUAUGACAGUGUGUUAUGACGAACGAGGUGCGAAGUAUGAACUGCCCAAGUAUGUUUUGAGUGAGCCUAGUAAUUUGGUCCAAGACAGCUAAUGAAAGUGACAAACCAGAGCAAGAGCAAGUCAUUAAUGUAAAUCAUAUAUAUGACUCGCUGCCCCUUUGAGUUUGAGACUACUAGGAAAAUGAUUUUGGGCCAAUUCACUCAUCAAGUUUCCUUUUGAGUAACUAGAACAAGCUCAAUUCAGAGACAAAGUGUGUCUUCGUGUAACUUUCAAACUCAUUUGUUCUCAAAAUGCAGUUUCUUGAUCUUCUGUUUUAUGUUC